AUGUCUUCCGACCAAAAGACAGACAUUGGAGUGCUGCGCCAACAGUUUCUCAAUCAGCCCCCAGAGACACAUACCAAACAUUGGGAGGAUCUUUGGCAGAAACAAACAACUCCAUGGGACCGCAAUGGCCCCAGUCUUGCUCUGAAAGACACAGUGACAGGCAGGCAAGAUCUGUUCGGCUCGGCUCUUAAAGAUGUUGCCAGUAAUCAGCGGAAGAGAGCACUGGUACCAGGUUGUGGCAGAGGGUAUGAUGUGCUACUUCUGGCAUCGCUAGGCUACGACUGUUAUGGACUGGAUGCCUCCCAGACCGCAAUAGAUGCCGCACUCAAACACCAAGCAGAAUCUAGCAAAGACGAACAGUAUGUCCCUCAUGACUCGAAAGUUGGUGCCGGAGAAACGAAGUUCCUAGUGCACAAUUUCUUCAAGGAUGACUUCCUCGCGGACACAAACGGUGGAAAUUUUGACCUCAUUUUCGACUACACAUUCUUGUGUGCUCUACCUCCAGAGAUGAGACCCUCGUGGGCAAAGCGGAUGAGUGAACUGCUCUCUCCUACUGGGUACUUGAUCUGUCUUGAAUGGCCGCUGCACAAAGCUCCGACGGAAGGUGGUCCACCGCACGGCUUGUCCUCUGAGCUUUACGUUCAGCUGUUUCACAAUCCCGGCCAGGAUGUAAAGUACAAUUCGAAUGGCUUUGUGACUCAAGAUCUGAGCGCCGAGAAAGGAGAGCUCGCGCUUGUUCGGGUUGCUCACGAUAUGCCAUCAAGGACACACGAAGCUGGCCAGGGGAAGGACUAUGUGGGAAUAUGGCGGCAUGCCAAGCUUUGA